CUCGUCCACCCCCGUUCCACAUCCCCAUCCCCAAUCCCAGCGAUCUCACGCCUCACCUUCCUCCUCUCGAGCCAACAAUCUCAACCUGCCAUCGCAUGCGCCAUCGCGUGCCUCGUUUCCAAAAACCAUCAGCACAUCACCGCCUAUAAAUAUUUGGCGUCGCCAUAUCUCGCCGCACCUUUUCCCGGGCCCCACCCAUUCCAUGUCAUAAUAUCACCAAGUGCCCUCUCCGGCCUACCAGCUCGCUCGUUGCCGCCCGGCCUCUCGUCGCUCCAAUCGCUCCAAUCUACCUCGAGUCGGCCCCCGUGCCCCCGCGAACCUCGGCCGUGUCCUCGAUCCCGACGCCCGCGCAUGACCAUUUCGCACGUCGUCGGCGCUUUCAAUGUCACUUGAUCCCCAAGAUCGCUGGUUAAAGACAUGAGCUCUCCCGUGCUCAAUGGCCGCUACUCCGUUCCCCCCACACCUGGAUGGCAGCUUCUCCCAUUUUAACAUUUUCAACGACGGCGGCGCCCCGAGGAACACGCCCCCGCCUGCGAGUCCUGCCCUGCCUGGAGGUCCGUGUAACUUUGUCGACCUGAGCCAUGGUCCCAACGGCCCCAAGUGCGGCUGCCGCCGUUUCUGGGGCCGCCAGGUCGCCGGCGCCGGAGCCAACGCUGCGGACCAGGCUGGCUGGUGCAUGUGCUCGCACCACGCCUGCUUUCAUGAUGAUGGAAACAACACCCAGGCCACAGCAGCACCCGCUGCGCCAGUCAUGGACAACAUGCCGGGCCAGGAGAAUGAGAAGCCAAGGUCAAACAGGGCUCCGCUGAGCCCCGUCCAGGACUUCGCCUCGUUUCAGAUGCCCUCGAGCCUUGCGGGCGCCGCCGUGGACUUUGCCGGGCUUAAUUUUGAUUCCUUUGCAUCCAAUAUGGGACUUUGCGCACCUGCCCCGCAGGCUAAGCCACCUCCGCCUGUACAGGAUACUGAUUCCAUGCCGGAUACCUUGAGCUGGAGGAAUGUGCCUUCCACCCAAGGAUGCCCAACACCGCUCCCGCCAAUCCCAUCGCAGUGUCUGAUCCCAGACUCCCAAUCGGCUUCUACCACGGCGUCCAGCCAGAUGAGAUAUUUACGGCCGUUCCAUGGGAUCGGCCUCAACACACUAAGUGGUGUGACUCCUGCCAAAGAAGGCGAGCAGGCCGGCAAGAGUGCUGCUGUCUCACCCAGAAUCGAUCCAGGUGGCCAAAAUGGUGAUGACACAGCCACUGCCCCGUCUGGGGCCGCGACACCGGUACCAGGGUCAUCUCAGAUCAAGCCAACAACCAACGGUGACUCAAUUUCAUCUCCUAACCACAGACACGACGCUUUGCAAAACCUCAGUGAAGCUGUCGAGGACCACAGCCAACGAAUUGACAAACUGGAAUCUGGGUCCAUCUAUUUUACGGCCCAUGAAGAGUGCUCGGACAAACAUGACGUGACUGAUCUGCGAGUAACAGAGCUCGAGUCACGUAUGGAUGAUGCCGAGAGGAGACUGAAUGACGAUGCCGCCAGCGUUGCCAGCACUCGUCGCAACAUUCAACGUGAUGACGAUGCCACUGUCAGCGAUCUGUCUUUAUCAUCCAACGUCACAGUGCGGGCUGCUGAACGUGCUGCGCUUGCCAGCCAGCUCCAAGUAUUACAAGCUCGUGUCGAUCACCUCGAGUCAUCUGCACUGCCGUGCUAUUCAUCGCCGUGGGAACUGGAGGUCGUGUUCCUGCCAUUUCCCCUGAAGGGAGUAUGGCUAGAGGCACAGGACUUCAAGACCCCUCGCAACUAUGGCGGACGGGAUGAGUGGACACCAGGGCCGAACUCGAACAGCAGAGCAACCCCAGAACCCCAAGGCUUCGCUUCGUACGACGAAUGGGUCGGUCAGGGUACGGGAUGGCUGCUGCCUAGAGCUUUUGCCCCGGGCAGGCUGAUUGAUCAGCGCCUCAAGAGCCGCGGACUGAUUAAGAAGGUCCAAGUACGGGGUGCCGAUGCUCGCAGCGUGCAGAUUGCCAUCGGCAACGCCUUCCAGGACAUUCUGCGGAUAAGUCCUCAUCCUGCCAGCCCAAAAUCUCCUUGCAGCUCGGAUACCAGAGUACACAGGUUCUUUGGGCUGCAGCAAUCAUGGGUGCCUCUGCGCAAAGUGCACAAGGAUUCCCGCCUUCGAUUCCUGUCGCCUCCGGAGCUGCUAACCCCGACCUUGUGGACCGCGAUGUUCUUAAUGGACAACGUAGUCAUGAAGGCUACGGGAAUACAUCGACUUUACAUCACGCAACCUGAAGCGUAUCUACAGGACAAUCAUUCAUUGAAUUUCCUUGGUGCAAAUCCAGGUUGGACAUGGCAGAAACUUCGGGAACUCGACCGCGUCUAUUCAGAAUCACAGACAACAAGUGGCAGCUUCGAGGUCCCUGAGGCCGAUGCACUGGAAGAGUACUGGGCAUUCAAUGCGCGCCUCGAUGAGCGUCCCAGCCCUCGACAGUCCGUUAUAAGCCUCCAGCAGUCACACGAGAAGGCCGCCAAUAUGUCGCGGACAACCGAUGGGUCGACGGAACAGUUUUUCACCGUGCCUUCGCACCCAAACACGUCAAUGAUGAGCGCCGUGAUAGCCCGAGGGCAAUCGCCCUUCAUGCAGAGAGAGCGUCAACGCUCCAGGCCACCCUUUGUUCGAACCGGUUCCAUGCCGCCGGUCAGCGCUCCAACAAUACACUCUCCCGCACGCAGCAGCCGCCGAAUGUCAUCCUUCGCCAUCAUGCCCUCGGUGGCUGGACCGGCUUACCAACGGCACCCGUCGCCUCUUGUCACCGGCCGUCCUAGCCCCCGCCUGUCUCUGGUCUCCAACUCUCCAGCAGCGGCGAUGGUCACCAAACAUAGACAUCGAAACACUCGCUCGCCCUCUCUCCGACUGCACAACACCCCGCGCUGGAGUAAUCGGUCCUUCAGCCGCAGCCCAAGCGUCAAUCCCAUGCCGUCGCAUCACGUGCACCCCGAGCAGCCAGUUCGUGGAGAUCGCCGCCCAACACCCAUGGCCUACAUGACUCCCUACAGCAAUGCACCGCCAGAGUACCCACCUCAGGGGCUCCACCCUAGCCGCAGUUAUCACGUGCACGGGGACGAUGAGCUGAUGGAUUUUGAUGACGACCGAGGCAGCUCGACCGAUCCAUAUGGGGAGGAAAGUGACGGCGACAUGCCAGACGAUGACGAUCCUGACGUCGACGUUUACGAAGACGAGGCAGACAUGCUUGAUGAUCUAGAAAGUGGCUCAGACGGACAACACCACCCUACUGGCCACUCCCAGCAAUACCGGGCACACAACCGAUCUUCCCAGCCCCAAGGGCCAGAAGAUAUCCCUUGGCGAGGUAUUGAAGACAACAUGUCAGAUGGGGAGAACAUGGAUCCACGUGACGUCGACGGCGACGGCGAUCACGCUGACGACAGAAGUGACGUGUCUUCACAGCCAUCAGAGUACCCUAGCACUCAAAGGGCGUGGCGUGUACCUGCAGGGGCUGAUGGGAGAGAAACGACCCACGCACUCGAAGAUGAUGAUGGGCCUGGAGGCGUCGCGUUUACUAUCCACGAGGAUCCGGACGGGGAGGAGUCGGGGCCCGAGGCGCAAAAUAUAUAUUGACAAGACGGCAACGAGUUGGAUUCACAUGGUUUUGGAUAUAUCGAGGCAUUGUGAGGCACAUGCAGUCAGGGGCUGUGUGGAAGCAUUGGUGUUUGGCGUUUUACUAUAUGCUUUGGGAUUGUGGGCGGCGUCGAAAGUAUGAUAUCUAAGGCGCUAUUUGGAACUGUAUCAUCUUAGGCGAGGCAUAUUUCAUCUCCAUAUUUACCCAGUAUAUCAUUCUACAUCACUCAUCG